UCACAUCCCGGUUUUGCUUUACAGUUUCUCCAAUGCCUACGAUGCAUAAGAUCCCUGCAAUUCAAAAUCAGAUAAAGCCUCCAUUGGUUGCAAACAUAUCGUCGUCUGUGCGUAAAAUGAAUGAAACUGAUGGUGCUCAAUCCGUAAUACAAAAACAUUUUGAAGACGAUUCAAGAACCACUGGUUCUGGAUGCACUAGAAAUAAUGAAAAUUAUGUUCCAUCCGACUUGGAAAAUGAUGAUGAUGAUGACGACAAUCGCUUUAAUGUACUUAAUGCAAAGUUGAAUAAGUGUUUAAGACUUCUGGGCGCAUUAACGGUAGAUGUGAAAGAUGUAAAGCAACGAACGGCAAUUAAUAAUUGUGGGAAUGCUUGUGAUGUUGGUAGUGAAACUGCCUUGCAAAUAAAAAAAGAUCUGCCACUGAAAUCAAGAGCAGAGGUAAUUGCUUUCGAAGAAAAACUGUCAAACUCACAGGAUUAUCGUCAACAAUUUGUAAGUUCAUGAAUGUAAUUUAAUUAUUUAAUUCAUUGCAGUUGAAAUUGAUAAGUAUAAUAUUAGUGGUUAAUAUAAAUUUAUUAAUAUUUGAGAAGCUAAAAACAUGAAGUAACUAAGACAAUAUUUUCGUUUUAUGAAUUGAGAAUACGAAAACUUUAUACAUGUAUAGAUGUAUAUAGCUGAAAAUAACUUGAAAACCUUGAAUUGUAAAAACUGAUCGAUAAUAUUAGAAUUCAAAUCCAGAAUUAACUUUUCUAUGAAGU